UAAGCUUGUUGAGACUACUUCAGUAGUGUUGUAACAUUAAAAUAGUCAACAUGUAUCUCGUGUACGCCAUCUUGUCUUUGAUUUAUAUGGCGGGAGCGUCUCGGGCGCCGUGUGUAGAAUUAAACGAUGGAAAUCUGAUGCCGAUCGUCGCCCUGGGGACCGGUAGGGGCACCGCCAAGGAGAAUGAAUCAGUAGACGAGGUGAGGAAAUCCGUAUUCUGGGCUCUGGAAGCGGGAUAUCGGCAUAUCGACACCGCUUCUGUUUACGAUGACGAAGAACAAGUAGGCCAGGGUAUAGCUGAGGCUAUACAGAAGAAUAUCGUCACAAGAGAAGAAAUAUUUGUUACUACAAAGUUGUGGAACGAUAAGCAUCGUCGUGAACAAGUGGUGCCGGCGUUACAGGAGUCACUGAGGCGACUCGGUCUUUCCUACGUUGAUCUGUAUCUUAUACAUUUCCCUGUUUCUACUAAAGAAGACGGUUCUGCUGAUUACGUGGACUAUUUGGAAACCUGGAAGGGCAUGGAGGACGCCAAACAACUGGGUCUUGUGAAGUCAAUCGGUGUUUCCAACUUCAAUAUUGAACAGUUGCAAAGACUGAUGGCCAACAGCUACACGAGACCUGUUGUUAAUGAAGUUGAGGUCAGCCCGACGUUCACACAAGAAUCAAUGGUGGCAUUCUGCAGACAGAACGGUAUUGUCGUCAUGGGCUACAGUCCAUUCGGAUUCUUCGUAGGCAGAGAUAGUACUAUGAAAAUUGAUAGAUCUGCUCUUUAUAAAAUUGCUGAGAAAUAUCACAAAUCAUUCGGUCAAGUUAUCCUAAGAUAUUUGAUCGAACGCGGUGUAGUACCCAUACCAAAGUCAACAAACCAGAAGAGAAUAGAACAGAACAUUAAUUUGUUCGACUUCAGUUUAACAGAACAAGAGGUGGCUGUUAUCAGCGGAUACAACACGAACAAGAGGGUCAUUCACCCCGUCGACUGGAAAGACUAUCCAUUCUAUCCUUUUGGACAGGAGUAAUAUAGAAAUUAUAAGUUUAAUUAAUAAAGAUUUAGCUUU